CACAAAUCGGUUUUUGAUUUGGCCGACACAUCUAACAAUGGCGACGAACAGCAUCGUCCGAUUGAUCGCACCAAGCCGAUCCGCCUCCUCUAGAUUCCUCGAGCCCGUGUCACGGUUUUUAAGCUCCGGCACUCCUCCUCCGCCGCAAGCUCCAUCUCCGAAUCAGGAUCUGAACCGGAACGUGAAGCCAGAUCAGAAUCUUCAACAGAAUCAGCAGAUGCAGAAGGAAGAAGAAGAGGAAGAAGAAGGAGAAGGAGGUGGAGGUGGAGAGUUUGUGAACGAAGACACUGGUGAGAUCGGAGGGCCUAGAGGUCCUGAACCGACUCGGUACGGCGAUUGGGAACAACGUGGUCGAUGCUCCGAUUUCUGAGAUGAUUCAUGAAUCUCACUGCUUUAGCUUGAGUUCUUUUUACAGUUUCUGAGAAAAGUGGAAAUAAAUUCGUUUUAUAUGUUUAUGUAUUUGCAAAAUAAUGGAGAACAUCGAAGAAAAUGUAGGAGAAACUUCAAAUUCUGAUUCAUAUUGGCUCGUUGCCUUUGCUUGGGAAUGUUUAUUUGAAUACAUAAUUAUUCCAUAA